AUGUCAAAGUCUGUCGGUAUAGAUUUAGGUACGACCUACUCAUGUGUUGCUCAUUUUUCGAACGACAGGGUAGAAAUCAUCGCCAAUGAUCAAGGUAAUAGAACAACGCCGUCAUAUGUGGCUUUUACCGACACGGAGAGGCUAAUUGGUGACGCUGCAAAGAAUCAAGCUGCUAUGAAUCCACACAAUACGGUCUUCGAUGCUAAGCGUUUGAUUGGUCGUAAGUUUGACGAUCCAGAAGUAACGAGCGAUGCUAAGCACUACCCAUUCAAAGUGGUCAACAAGGGAGGUAAACCAGUAGUUCAAGUGGAAUACAAAGGUGAGACGAAGACUUUUACUCCAGAAGAAAUCUCUUCUAUGAUUUUAACAAAGAUGAAGGAAACUGCUGAAAACUAUUUGGGAACUGAAGUGAAGGAUGCUGUAGUAACGGUUCCAGCUUAUUUCAACGAUUCCCAGAGACAAGCAACAAAGGAUGCUGGUACAAUUGCCGGUUUAAAUGUCUUGCGUAUAAUUAAUGAACCUACAGCCGCCGCUAUUGCAUAUGGUUUGGACAAGAAAUCGCAGAAGGAGCACAACGUUUUGAUCUUUGAUUUGGGUGGUGGUACUUUUGAUGUUUCUUUAUUAUCUAUUGAUGAAGGUGUAUUUGAGGUUAAAGCUACUGCUGGUGACACUCAUUUAGGUGGUGAAGAUUUCGAUAAUAGACUGGUUAACUUUCUCGCAGAGGAGUUUAAAAGAAAAAAUAAGAAGGAUUUAACAAGUAAUCAGAGAUCGUUGAGAAGGCUUAGGACUGCUGCUGAAAGAGCGAAGAGAACGCUGUCCUCCUCUGCUCAAACGUCGGUGGAAAUUGAUUCAUUAUUUGAAGGAGUUGACUUCUACACUUCGAUUACAAGGGCAAGAUUCGAGGAGUUAUGUGCUGAUUUGUUUAGAUCAACUUUGGAGCCGGUGGAAAAGGUUUUGGCUGAUUCAAAAUUAGAUAAAUCUCAAAUUGAUGAAAUUGUGCUAGUUGGUGGUUCAACAAGAAUUCCAAAGGUACAAAAGUUAGUAUCUGAUUUUUUCAAUGGUAAAGAGCCAAACCGUUCAAUCAAUCCAGAUGAAGCCGUUGCUUAUGGUGCUGCUGUUCAAGCUGCUAUUUUAACAGGUGACCAGUCUUCGACAACUCAAGAUCUACUGUUGCUGGAUGUUGCUCCAUUAUCUCUAGGUAUCGAAACUGCAGGUGGUAUUAUGACAAAGUUGAUUCCCAGAAAUUCGACCAUUCCAACAAAGAAAUCGGAAAUAUUUUCUACUUACGCUGAUAACCAACCUGGUGUUUUGAUUCAAGUUUUUGAGGGUGAAAGAACGAGAACAAAGGAUAAUAAUUUAUUAGGUAAAUUUGAACUUAGCGGUAUUCCACCCGCUCCAAGAGGUGUGCCCCAAAUUGAAGUUACAUUCGAUAUCGACGCAAACGGCAUCCUGAAUGUGUCAGCCAUUGAAAAAGGCACUGGUAAAUCUAAUAAGAUUACAAUUACUAACGAUAAAGGUAGACUAUCUAAGGAAGAUAUUGACAAAAUGGUCGCGGAGGCAGAAAAGUUUAAAGCUCAAGAUGAGGAGGAAGCUCAACGUGUUCAAGCUAAGAAUCAACUGGAGUCAUACGCCUUCACUUUGAAGAAUUCAGUGAACGAAAACAACUUCAAGGAAAAGGUAGGUGAAGAAGAUGCCAAAAAAUUAGAAACUGCUGCUCAAGAUGCUAUAACUUGGUUAGAUGCUUCACAAGCAGCUUCCACCGAAGAAUACAAGGAAAGACAAAAGGAAUUAGAAAGUAUUGCCAAUCCCAUUAUGACCAAAUUUUACGGAGCUGCUGGUGGUGCCCCUGGAGCAGGUCCCGUUCCGGGUGCUGGAGCAGGCCCAAGUGGUGCACCGGAUAAUGGCCCAACAGUAGAAGAAGUCGAUUAG